AUGAAAUCGAUCGGAUACACCCCCGACUGCGGAAACUGCAACUACCUAAUUGUGACUCUUUCGAAAAUCGAUCAAUUUGGGGAAGUGGUGGAGGUAUUGAAAGUAAUGGGGGGGGCGGGAUGCGACAGCUACGGGGGAUUGAUUGUUGAGUUGAGCGAGGCGAGGAAGGUGGACGCCGUGGCGGAGGUGGUGAGGGAGAUGGUGUGUAAGGGGGGGGUGAGGCCGAGGGAGGAGACGGUGGCGAAGGUGGUGGGGGCGAUGACGAGGGAUUGGGAGGCGGGCAGGGCGGCGGAGAUGGUGGAGAUGUUGGAGGGGGAGGGAUUUGGGGUGUGUGAGGGGGUUUUGGAGGGGUGUUUGGAGGAUAAGAGGUACAACGGAAAAAGGAAAAACAAAAAAAAUGAGAAGGGGCAGAGAAAGGCAUCAAGGACGAUGAUGAUACCUUAUCUGAGUCCAAACCCGCUCUGA